AUCAUUUGCUACUUUGGAAGGGAGUGUUGCUUCAGGGAGUAACUUGACACGUCUUUCUGUGUGAUUCAUCGCCCUUAAAGCCUUCAAAUUGAAUUCAUUCCUUGUAAGAUCCGUAACAACCAGUCUGACUUCCUCAUUUUCUUACAUCUUUUCUAUGAUGAAAACCUGAUAUCCACGAGGACUUGCGACAAGUUGACCUUAAUAGAUUGACCACAAAUGUGGUUUGUAAAGGGGAUUAUGAUGGUCACAUGGUUAUUACUGGUCUCACUGUUCUGCAAGAGCACGCAAGAUGGCCAAGAAAAUGAUGUCUUGCAAUGUGGACCUCAGAAUCUGACACUUAACAGCUCUGGCCAGAUGAUUUUCUUAACAUGGGAAGACACGCCUUCCUGCUCUGCAGUACAGGACCAGCUGAUCUAUAAGCUGCUGGUUCUCAUAGCAGACACGCAAGUACAUGAUGAUGAAGUUGCUUUUACGCAUGACCAGAUAGAAUCCACUCACUCCUGGAACUGGACAACGUUUUUGGAUUUGGAGGACGUUUCCCAUGCAGUCAAUAUCAGUUCUCGAUACAAAAAGCAUAAAAGCCCAUGGAAACAAGAGACUCUUCCUGGGUUGAAAACCUUAAUACGGCCGCAGGUUUAUCCAAAGGACAAACUGUUCAAGGUUAACAGUACAGUAAGCUUCUACUGCGUUCUGCCUCCGGGGGAAGUUUUUAACAAAAUGUAUCUGAGUGGUUCCAGUAGUGUACUACAGACCUCUACCGAGAUCAGCAAUCAGAUACAUAACUGGACCUUCCAGCUGACCCAGGAAUCAUCCUACAGUUGCACUAAUGUAAAGUGUGAAACAAAUACAGGCAAUGAAAAUGGGGCUUGUGUUGAUGUUGGCUACCCACCUGCUUACACGGACCUUCAGUGUGAAACGCAAGAUCUGAAAUCGGUUGAAUGUCACUGGAUAGUACUCGGAGGACACACAGGCCAAAACAAUAUGAGUCAGCUACUUGGAAGUCCAUGUGAAACACUGUCUGACGGGAGAUGCACUCAAAAAGUAGAAAAAGUAAAUGUUGGUCAAAGAAACUGGACAUUCACGUCACAAAAUAAAUUUGGGAAGGUGGAGCUUUCAGACACUGCAGACCUGACACAAAGAGUGCACAUGUUCGCUCCAAAGGGAGUAAAAGCUUCAACUGUGAAUGCCAGAAAUGUCAGCCUGGAGUGGGAGUGGACAGUGCCACAGUACUAUAAUCUUAAUAUUACAUGCCAAGUAAACAUCAGCCAUGAUGAAAAUACCAUUAGUGAAAACUUUGGAGUUGGUCUUCAUUUUAUAGUUUUGAAUGACUUGAUACCAAGUUUGACAUAUAAUGUGACAGUACGAUGUGGAACAACGCAAUAUUUCUGGAAAUGGAGUGACUGGAGCACAAAUGUCAACUUCCAGACAAAGGGUGAUGUUCCAGAUGCUCUUGAUGUGUGGAUGCAGAUGAAGGACAACCAAAUUCUAAUUAUGUGGAAGAUACCACUGGACAAAAAGAGUCAUGGACGAAUCAAAGAAUAUGAAGUGACCUGGACAAAGAUCACAGAGAAACAACGACAAAAUAGAACCAAAGUAGUUUUCAACAACCACAAUUUUUCACUCAGUCUGGACAGAACUACAGAAUAUAUCCUCACAGUUACAGCUAGGAAUAUAAACGGCAGUUCGUCCCCGUCAACCAUCACCAUCCCCAGCCUCAAUCCAGACAGAAAAGAAGUAAACACUUUUCGGAUCAUUGGCAGUAACGGUAGCUUCAUCUUGUCCUGGUCUGCCAGUCUUACAGCGAGCUGUGGCUACAUAGUGGACUGGUGUCCGACCUCAGAGUGUAACAUUGUGGAGUGGCUCAAAGUGCUUUCCAAUGAAACUAAUGCCAGAAUAUUUUCAAAAAUAUUCAAAGAUGGAGUGAGAUACACAUUGUCCAUAUAUGCCUGCACCAAAGGAGCUCCAUUGCUACUAGAAAGAAGCGAGGGCUAUGUAAGAGAAGAAAGAAUACAAGACAACCGAUUAUCAUUGAAGGGGAAGCAGCAGGAUUCAGAUUAUGAGGUAUCCUGGGACCCUAUACCUCUAAGAGAGCGGACUGCUUUUAUCCAAGGCUAUAUCCUGUAUUGUUUGAACAACAACAAUAAUAAAGUCAUCAAUUUCAGCACAGGUGAUUCUGAGGCCACCAGCCUGACAGCAAGAAACCUUAAAAUCAGUUCCUACAAAUUCACAGUGAAGGCUCAGACAGCAGUUGGAGAAUGUGGCACCAGUUUUAUUUUUGGCACCUUGGACUCACUGACUGAUAACUUGAUCAUGGCAGUCUUCAUUUCCCUGGUCUCUGUUUUUAGUCUCCUGUCCCUCAUCACUGUCCUUUGCUACAGACACUGGACAUGUAUCAAACAGAAGAUAUAUCCUCCAAUCCCAAAGCCAGUGUUGACAUCACUGGGUGAAGAUGGAUGUCGUCCUCUUCAUGUGGAUCAGUGUCACCACAGUGAAGCAGAUAUUGUGGAUGAUCUGGAGCUGCAUUAUAGUGCAGGAGCACCAAUUAAUGGUUAUGUCUGCCAGGAGAACAUGCCAUUUGUUUUUACACAAACUCCAAAGGGUUACUACAACCAACGCUUGAAAAAGUGCUCCCCACCACCCCUCACUUCAACAACUACAGCCAUCCCAUCGGAGUCGGGAUUACUAUCUUAUCCAUUGAGAAGUUUAUUUCCUAACCCAUCAUACAAUCUGAUAAUGGAGCCUGGAGAUGAGCAGUCCAACUCAGGUCCUGAGCUUCAGGAGGGAAAGUCUCUAGAGAGAAGCUCCGAUGAAUACCAGCCUCAUGGUCACACAGAAACUUUCACUAUAAACAAGACAGAAGAGGAUCCAGAGAGUCCUAUCUCCACUUACAUCUUGUUACCACAGUCACCUUCCAGAUAGCUGCUGCAUGCACAGCCUGGUAUAAGUAGUGUGGCCAGAAAACCAAAUUUUAACAUUCAUUUAGUGAAUCACAUUAUUUUUAUUAUGUGGACACAUUUACACAUUAGAAUGUUAUUAAGCAUAGUUUUAGGGAUGGCAAUGUCUGUAUGACAUUUAUGGUUCCAGAGGACGAGUUAUAUUAAUGUUGAUCCCUUGACUCACAAUUAAAAAUUAAAAAUGUUCAAAUACUUAUGUCUAUGACCAAAGACUAAAACUAAUGACAUUCCCAUCAGCUGUACUUUCUGUGUAUAGCUAAUUAGCAAAUGUUACCAUGCUAACAAUUUCAACUAAGAAAUGACCAAGGUAAACAUACCUGCAACAACGACAUGCUAGCAUUGCCAUUGUGAGCAAUUUAUCUCGAAACACUGCCUCACACUGCCUCAUACUUCUUGUCAUAUCCAGAAGUGCAAAAUCAAGGCCAACUGGACUUACUUUAGAUUCUUGAAGAUAUGUUGCCUCUCAAACAGAAUGAUGGUAGUCACAUAGAUGGCCUCCCUUACUCCUCUUUCAAACCAUCUGUCUACUCCGUUCAAUAUAUGUACAUUACUUUCCUCAGAGGAGUGUCCGAUAUCCUUCAGAUGUAGAUAGACUGCUUAGAGUUAGAUCUUCUGUGCUGGCCACUCUCCAGGUUAAUGGUUGUUUUGUCUUCUUGAUUGGUCUGCAUAUACCAAGCCAAUACAUAUUAUACAGGAACAAAUACAUAAUAUAAGGGAGGUAGGUUUUAUUCCUAUCCCCUGACCUUUUCAUUAAACUUAGAGUUUCUUAGAGUGUUCCUUUGUCUUCAGGGUGGAGGUUUUUAGCCGAUCGCUAAAAGUUGGCCAUAUAAUUCAGUCAAUCAUUAUUUGCAAAGCUCCUUUCAUACAGGAUGGUGCAUGUGCUGAAAAUGAUGAGGUCAGAGUGGAAAGAUACCAGAAGCUCACUUUGGAAAGCCCCCAAUUACACAGAAAUAUCCAUGUCAGCAGAAAUUAACACCUGGCCAAAUAAAAAUAACCAAUAUGGACAGGCAUUAUUUUUUAGCCUGUUUUGAGACUUCAGUAACCGGUUGAGUAUGCGGAAAACUAAAAGUGUUGGUGAAGAGGUCAAGACUCUUUUUCUUUAUCUCCGACGCAACUGGAUACUGGAUUUCCUAACCGACCGACCCCAGUAGACCGUUCUUUAUGAAUAAUGAAGAGAUCUGUCCGUAUAUUAACAAAAGAGACUUAAUGGUGUUUACCGUCUAAACAUAUGUGCAUGCUCUCGUUCAGCUUACGGCCAUACCACCCUGAACAUGCCCGAUCGCGAAGCUUAGCAGAGGUUGGUCAUUGAGCAGGUAGUGCGUGCGUCGUCUCCUCCCAUGAACACAGGUGUGCCUUGAGAUUUUGGCUUGGUCUUUUGUGGCCACAGAAAGUUUGGGAACCACUGCUCUACUGGAAUGAAAAUGGUAUGAUGGGAGCUAGUUGUUCAUUGCAGAAGAAGAAAUUACCCUCCAUCGAUUAACAAAGACGCCACAUGUUUCCCUAGGAAGGACGACUGAAUCCUCCUGGAAGGAAGUUGGCACAUUUGUGACCAUAGCAGAUGAAUGAGGAUCCAUGGGUUCUAGUAAAUGGAGACCCAUGAGUCAGCCUCUCUAAAAAGAUCCAGACAUACUGUAAAAUCUAAACUGGGUAACCACAGAAAGCAAACAAACUCACAUGCAUUCAGAACCAUGAUAAAUAUUCAUCCUCACUGACAAGAAAAAUAUGUACAAUAUAUACCAGAAAGAUUGUAGUCCAAAGGAAUAAAGCCAGUACAUAUUAGACCUAAAGGAACUUUCAGACCAUAUCAGAAACAGUAUCCAAUAAAACAAGAAGCGUCUGAGGGAAGUAGACCAAUAGUGAAGGCAUUAAUUGAGACAGGAGUAAUAAUUGAAUGCCCCGAUUCACCUUGCAACACACCAUUAUUUCCUGUAAAGAAAACAGCACCAUCUACAGGAUGGAGAAUGGUACAAGCUGUAUAGGCAUUAAAUAAAGCUGUAAUAGCAAGAGCACCCAUAGUCCCAGAUCCACACGCACACACUUUUAAACGACAUGGAUCCAGAGAGCAAAUUCUUUUCAGUAAUAGACUUAAAACGCAUUCUUUUCCUUUCCAGUGGAAAAAGAAAGUCAGUUUUGGUUUGCUUUACAAUAUAAGGGAAAGAAGUGCACUUACACAAGGGUAUUGUGAAAGUCCUACUAUAUUUUCUCAGGCAAUGGCAGCUAAUCUAGCAACAUUUGACCCAAGAAAUAGUCAGAUAUUAUUAUAUUAUUCGUAGAUGACAUUGAUUUGCACAAAAACAGAACUGUAAAGAAGAUACACAUGCUUUAACAUUUUGAUGUCAGCAAGUACAAAAGGUUAGCAAAAAUAAACUACAAUUGUUCAAACCAAUAGUAAAGUAUUUGGGUACAACAUUUCACAAUCAGGCAGAGCACUUGAGGGGAAGAAAGCUUUAUUACAAGCACCUCAAGCAGACUAAGAGACAAAUGUCGUCAUUUCUGGGGCUCACCAUCUGUAGAAACGGGGUGCCCAAUUAUGCACUAUUAACAAACCCACUGUCAAAACUGAUUCAUGAAAACACUAUGUCAGCAUCUGAUAAGAUAAUAUGGAACGAAACACCUGAUAAAUCAUUUAAGGAAAUAAAGAGUUUUGGUAAACACAUUUGUUUUAGCAUUACCAGAUUAUAAGAAACGUUUUAUGCAAACACUAGACUGCAAGGGGACUUCAUGACAUCAGUAUUGACACAGAAACAGAGAUAAUAGACCAGUUUACUGCUCAAUUAGACCCUGUAGCUAAGGGUUAGUAGUAAGCAGUAAUUGCAGCAUCAAUUCAAAGUUCAGGCUUCUGCAUCAAUAAUGUUAUUCAGGCCAUUGACAGUAACACAUGCAGUGUCAGUUCACCCACAACAAAAUCACCUACAUGUCAUCUGCAAGGCACCUGGCAUGCAUGGCGGUUAUGCUUUCACAACCUCACCUAACGAUAGAAAGAAGUACAACUUUGACCAUCUACAUUAUUAACAGCUAGAGAUGGAGAACCACAUGACUGACAGAAAUACUUUACCAAGACCAGUACUUGGAACUGACAUUCCCUAUGAGAAACCAGAAAUAGAAAUGUUUGCUGACGGGUCAUGUAAAAAGAAUCUAGAUGAUACAAAUGCGACAGGAUUUGCUGUAGUGACACAUACCGAAGUAUUAAAAACAGAAGCCCGUCCUAAUCAUCUGUCAGCACAGGAGCAAACAUACUAGCAUUGACAGUGACAUGCAGAUUAAGGAAAGACAAAGUUGUAAAUAUCUACACAGACAGUAACUAUGCAUUUUCAACAUUACAGGCGUUUGCUCAACAGUGAAAGAAUAGAGGUAUGGGAACAUUGACUAACAAACCUAUUAAACAUCACUCUAAUUAGAAGCAGUUCAACUGCCAAAGUCCAUUGCUGUAUGCAAGUGCAACAGGAACUUAUCCAGUUUCAGUAGGCAACCGUAAAGCAGACGAGGAAGCAAAGAAGGCAGCACAAACAGAAGUGAAGUUAAGCAACAAUAUGUAAAUAAGACACGACAUCACCUAAGAAUGAGGAAGAAUAUGAUGCACCCCAUGACAGGAUUGUUUGGGGGACCCAUUUAGAGAAGAAACCAAGGACACUGAACUGUAAAAGCAUAAUGAAUCCAAUGUUGAAAAUCCUAAAGAAGUGACAUCAUGAUGAAGGAGCUGAGCAAUGCAAGCUGGAUAAAGAAAGUGUCUGUUUCAAGAACCACCUUUUUGAUGUAUUGAUCUAUUUUAACACACUUUUAAUUGUUAUACUUAGUAUAAAUGUAAUGGACUAGAGUAGCCCGCUAACAUCAAAUUUAUCUAAAAGGUUCGAAUUCUCAGCCACACCAACACAGCAAGAAUGACACCAAGAAAAUGUAUAAAGUGAUUUACUUUUAUUGCAACAUCACUCUAAAACACCUCGUUAAUAAAUAGUUAAAAUAAUGUUCAAUGUGUCGCGCAAUAGUUCAGGCAAAUGGUUUAAAAAUACCAAAGGUCCAGUCCCGUUAAUAUGGAACAACCGCUCCGCGUUUUCCCUUGCGCCAGGGAAAGGGCAUGCAACUGUCCUGGGAAACAGCCUCCCGUCAGUGCGCGGCAAGGAGCAAAAGGGAUCCGAUCCGGUCCGAUCUGCGGGGAGGCAAGGCAGCAACUGUCCUGGGAAACAUCCUUCAAGGUCUGGCUCACCAGACGAGGAGGAGCUGAGGAGGAUCAGUGCUCGGCGAGGGAAACAUCCUGUAAGGGGAAACAUCCUGUAAGGGGAAACAUCCUGUAAGGGGAAACAUCCUGUAAGAGUCUACAUCCUGUAAGAGUCUACAUCCUGUAAGAGUCUACAUCCUGUAAGAGUCUACAUCCUGUAAGAGUCUACAUCCUUCCAGGCGUGUGGUUCAGCAGGUAAUCUGCCGUAUUUAUAGGGGAGUGGAGUCGGUAACUGGCGAAUGAGAUCGCUGAUUUUAGCUGGGUUCAGGUGUGUCAAUUAGCAACGGUGGGUUCAGGUGUGUCAAUUAGCAAUGUUGGGUUCAGGUGUGUCAAUUAGCAAAGCGUCUGAGUGUCUUUGUUAUGACAGUUCGUGGAAAAGGUUAAAGGAAGCAUGCAAAUAUUUAUACACAACAAGAGUUCAUCGCAUGAUAGCACACAACAACAUUAAAAUCACAACAAUAUAUAUAACAUGCAACAGUCAUAAAAAGGGUUAACCAUACAAGAUGGCUUUAUGACAUAAACAGGAGGGUUAUGAUGGAAAGAUACUGAGUGCUCAACCACAGCAGAGGACACAGGGGUGAACUGCUGCUAAAUAAACAACUCCAUAUAAGGAAACAUUCUUUGCUCUAGUGCAGUGUUUCUCAAACUUGUUCAGACCAUGGACCACUUAACCAAUAAAAAAACACUCACGGACCACUUGACUCCCCAAAUAUCCAAAAACAAUAGGCCUGCUUACCACUCCAACAAUAUAUUACAAAUGACAGCCUAAUAAUGAGCUUUAUGUGACCUUCUCUAUAUCGCUCGUUCACACAUUAAAUCAACAAUACAAAUACAACUACGGAUUCUACAAGCAUUACGUUCAUAUGAGAUUUAACUCCAGAUAAGAAGGCCAUCUGUCUCUCCUGCAAACCACCAUUUUGUGUAAACAAAAAAGAGGGACUGACCUGAACUACCUCCUGACUUUUGAAUUUAGUAUAAAUACUGCAGCAGAGGAUUCACUCCUCUGAGUGACACGGCAGUCUUACAAGCUUACAUGUGAGAAUUUGUACAUCUUUUUUUAUGUAUAACUCUGCUCCUUCUUGCAAGAAUAUUGAUUAAAACUCUUAUUUGAUUUUGA